GUAGGUCAGCUGACAGAUGUGUGCAGGUCCUGUGUUCACGGCUGUUCUGGAAACCCCAACAUUUACACCACUUGAAGGCAAUUAAGGAUCUGUGAGUGCUACUGAACAGUCCUUUCACUAGUUCCUUUCGCUUGCACCAUGAGUGCUAGCACCCCGAAAACGCUCUGUACAUCAGGGCAGCAAUCCAUCCAAGACAUUUGCCACCCUCUCUCUGCGGAGGAGUCCGUCCGCACCCCAAGCCCAGAUGUAGGAAACACCACCGGUAGCAUCGGGGAGAAGGAUCUCAGUCUGCCCAAUGGGACACCAGUGGACACCUCUAGCCCCGCCUCAUCCUCUUCCCUGUUGAAUCGGCUGCAGCUGGAUGAUGACCUGGACGGCGAGACCCGUGACCUGUUCGUCACCGUCGAUGAUCCUAAGAAACACGUGUCCACCAUGGAGACGUACAUCACAUACCGAGUCUCGACAAAGACCACCAGGGUGGAGUUCGACCUGCCGGAGUACUCGGUGAGGCGGCGCUACCAGGACUUUGACUGGUUACGGAUCAAGCUGGAGGAGACCCAGCCCACGCACCUCAUACCACCCCUGCCAGAGAAGUUUGUGAUGAAGGGCGUGGUGGACCGCUUCUCAGAGGAGUUUGUGGAGACGAGGCGGAAAGCGCUGGACAAGUUCCUCAAGAGGGUGGCAGACCACCCGGUGCUGUCCUUCAACGAACACUUCAAAGUCUUUCUCUCUGCUAAGGACUUGAACGCGUAUAAGAAGCAGGGCCUGGCACUGCUUACAAAAGAUAAAUUCGAUUGAAGUGACGUGACAGGCGGCUACAAGCUGAGGGGCCGACCACUGGAGUUCGCCGCCAUGGGCGACUACCUGGACGUGUUCACGCAGAAGCUGGGCACCAUCGACAGGAUAGCACAGAGAAUCAUCAAAGAGCAAUCAGAGUACCUGGUGGAGCUGCGGGAGUAUGGUCCAGUGUACUCCAGCUGGGCGGGCUUCGAGGGUCCGCUCCAGGAGCCGCUGGAGGGCGUGGCGGGCUGCGUGGCCAACUGCGCCGCCGCGCUGGACGAGCUGACCGAGGACAUGAGCGACGACUUCCUGCCCGUGCUCAGGGAGUACGUCCUCUACAUUGAGUCCAUGAAGACCGUCCUGAAGAAGUUUUGCGACCAUCAGCCCCCGACGGACGUGGAGAAGUGCCAGGACCGUGGAGGUUCCUCAACCGCCGACCCUGGCUGGCCGACUGGGACCCACUCAAUAAGGCGGAACAACAGACAGGACUUCAGGCAGCUGCUCACUGGCAUGGCCGACAGAAACAUCCAGUACUACGAGAAGUGCCUUGCGGCUUGGGAGUCCAUCGUCCCGUUGUUACAAGACAGACCGGGAAGCACCAAGACGGAAACGAGCUGAGGCGACGCCUCCGUCGCAAACAUGCUCCGCCUCUCAACGCCCCACCCCACAGCCCAAUGGUGUCGCUCGGAGCGGUCACAUGGCCUGCGUGGGAUCGCCUCCUGAUUGGUUGGGGUCUUCCCUUUCAACGAGGUGUGGGAAGGGGGUUCACAGACUUGAUGAUAAAGACUGCAAGUAUUAUUAUGGAGAUGAUGGUUUGUUUUUCUUUGCCCCUGCCCCAUCCCUCUCCCUUCGUGUGCGUGUAUGUGUGUGAUGUCCUCCACCGAAGACGCUGCCCGUGCGGUUCAGCGCGUGGUCGAACAGCUCGCUCUCAUUCUGUACAGCAAACGCCACACCAUGCCACAAGCACACCAUGUCGGCCACAGGCCCCCGAGCCCAAAGGAUUGUGGGAUUGAUGGAGUUUGGGGGUGGAGGGUGAUGAAGGGGCAUCAUGGAAGCUAACAUGUACGGUUUUUUGUUUUGUUUUGUGUUUGUAAGAGAGAAAGAGAGACUUAAUAGAUCAUUUGUCAUUUUUAGGCAAAUGGUUGCCAAUACUUUUAUAACUUAAGCUCAUUUUUUUCCAAUACUGUAUCUGGUGGGAGACAAUUUUGUUGUUGUUAUUCUUUUUUAUAUGUGUUUCUUGUUUUGUGUGUGUGUUUUGUUUUGGUUCGGUUCUACCUUCAAUACAAGGAAAGACUGUUGAAAGUCUGCCCAGAGUUUGUACUGGCCAAAGAUGAAGACGGAUCCACAAGUCUGGUACUGAAGUCUUAAAAGCUCCACUAGAAAAAGCCUGGCGGUAGUCGAGUACUAAGACAGCGGUCAGCCAUGUUGAUUUCACCCUCAGCUCCCCUUAUUCUGGACCCUGCUCUGUUAACGUCGGCAUCUUUAUGAAGGUUGCUGCCUCUCCCCUUGCCCCCUACCCCCCUGAAUAUUUAUCUGUAACCCCCCCACCCCACCCCCACCCCACCCCAAGUGACUGCUAGCUCAAUGAUGAAGGACGCGGUGUGUAGGACUUCAAAAGCGAACGAAUGGGACGUCUCUACCUGACCAUCCAUGCCAAGCUUCAUAGUGAGCUUGAAAUGUCGCGUGAAAGGAUUACCGGUUGGUCGUCAUGGCAAGUUUCGGUCACCUUGUGGUCAUCCGCAGGGUUGCCGAGGAGAUGUACAUUUUUGUUUUCGUCUUUUUUGUUUUGGUUGUUCCCCAUGAAGUUGCUGCAGUUGCAGAAUUGAAGGAACUGUUACCCUGUAUGCCCUGUUGUUCAUCCUGCUGAAGACUCCUCCUUAUUAUAUAUUUGUAUUAAGCCAAGUAACCUGCUCAUGUAAAAUGUGUGGAAAUGUGUGUGUGUGUGUGUGUGAUUUUUUUUUUUCUUGCAAAGACUACAAAUGAAUCAAGGCACCUUAUUUUGAAAGUAUCAUGAUCGGUUGCAUGAAGGGUUGUAUGCUGUCUGUUUAUGUUCCGGUGUGUUUGUUAGGUUGUUUAGCUGCUGACUAGUUCCCGACAGAUCCGGACCUAUAAUUUGGCAUGCACAGCAUAUGAUAUAUGCCAGACUAGGACCUAUAAUUUGGCAUGCACAGCAUAUGAUAUAUGCCAGACUAGGACUUCAUGUUCAGACUGCACAGAGUUAUCAUCUAAGUCUUUAUGUCUCUGAAUUUCUGUCCUCUCUCUCUCUCUCUCUCUCUCUCCCUCCCUCCCUUUCUUUCUUUAUUUCUUUCUUUCUCUUUUCUUCCUCUCUCCUUCUCUUUGGAUUCUGGUCCUUUACAGUCCAUCCAUACCAUAAGCCAUAAACAUCUUCAUUGUCCUGAGGUGCGGCUGUCUAAAGGUUUCAGGUGUCUGCUUGCAAUUGCUCGGAGGACACAGGAAACACUGACCAUUUUUCUGGUCUGGCUCUUUUAGGAAGCUCUCCCAGCAAUCUUAAAAUCAAUAUCACAAAUGCCCCAUAUUAUAAUAGGGGGGAAACACAAGAGGGCUGACUAACUCCCC